UUCGAAACUAGGUUUUCCACGGCUAUAUAUACUCCUAGAGUCCUGGUGCUUUUCAUAUUACGUGUUAAGAAAACAAACUCAUACUCAAAAGUUGGGUUUUUGGUUAAAUAUCUUUGAUCAUGAGGCCUAGCAUAAAUGUGGUGUUAGUUUCUCUUCUUGUGCUCGUUGACGUUGUUAGCGUUUGUAAUGGCGGUCUCGGUGGGCUGAGUCCGGUGUUCUAUCACAAGAGUUGCCCUGAAAUUGGAAGAAUAGUGAGGAAUAUCACAUGGAGCAAGGUUGCAGAAAAUCCUACCAUGGCAGCAAAGCUUCUAAGGAUGCACUACCAUGACUGUUUUGUUAGGGGAUGUGAUGCAUCACUAUUGCUAGAUUCAACCAGCGACAACACGGCGGAGAAGGAAGCAAUACAAAACAGGAAUAUUAGAGGUUAUGAGGUUAUUGAUGAAAUUAAAGCCAGAUUAGAAGAAGAGUGUCCCGGCAUCGUCUCAUGUGCUGAUAUUGUUGCCUUGGCAGCCAGAGAUGCUGUCUCUUAUCAAUUUGGAAGGCCGAUGUGGCAGGUUUUAACCGGGAGAAAAGAUGGAAAAGUCUCCCUUUCGUCAGAGGCUUCAGCAAACUUACCCUCCGCAGGUGCAAACUUCACCACACUCUACCAGCAAUUUAUUGGUUUGGGGCUGAAUGUCAUAGAUCUUGUGGCAUUAUCAGGGGCACAUACAAUUGGAGUGGCACAUUGCGGUGUAUUUCAAAGGAGACUGAACGUAACCGGAAAAGGUGACGUAGACCCUACACUUGAUCCAGAAUACGCAGAGUUUUUGAGAACACAAUGCACCACUCCGGCCGUCGCGGUGGCGCUGGACGCCAACAGCUCAGUUUCCUUUGACAGUCAUUACUUUGCGGGGUUGAGGCAAAACAAAGGCCUCUUGACAUCAGAUGCUGCCCUACUCACUGACCGGCGUUCGGCUCGGAUUGUUAGACGUUUUGAGAGGUUCCAUAUUUUCAUGACCUACUUUGGGAAUUCAAUGAAGAAAAUGGGUGCCAUUGGAGUCAAAACACGAGAGCAGGAUGGUGGAGAGAUUAGAAAGAAUUGCAGGGUUGUUAAUGCUAAUUAAGUAUUAAAUUCCAGUUUCUGUAAUGUCAUAGUUGCUGUAAUUUUUUUUUUAUAUUUUCCAACGGAAUAAAUAAAUAAGCAGGGCUUUGGUUGCAACAGCUAAAAGCU